UAAAUACAUUUGUAAGCAUAUGUCUUCUGGUCAUAGAAUGGCAUUUUGAAGGGCAAUUGCCUCUCGCUUCCCUUUUUCUCCCUUUUUUUGGAUUCCCGGCCAGGAACUCGUCAAGUCCUCGCCUGCAGCUUUGUAGGCUUCUAGAAGGGUUUUCUUUUGUUGCUAAGAUCGCGAUCGAUUCCUCUCUGAUUUGGCUGCCUAUAUUAUUUGCAAGGUUUUCAGGGUUUUUAAGAGUUUGUGUGAGGGAGAGGGCAUAGAUCGAAGGGCAUAAUGGGGCAGCAGUCUUUGAUAUACAGUUUUGUGGCGAGAGGUACCGUUGUUCUCGCCGAGUUCACGGAAUUCACAGGGAAUUUUACCAGUAUUGCAGCGCAGUGCCUGCAAAAGCUUCCUGCUAGUAAUAAUAAAUUUACCUACAACUGCGACAAUCAUACCUUCAACUACCUGGUUGAGGAUGGCUUCGCAUACUGUGUUGUUGCCGAUGAGACUGUUGGAAGGCAAUUGCCAAUGGCUUUUCUAGAACGUAUCAAGGAGGACUUUAAGAGGAGAUAUGGUGGUGGAAAAGCUGAUACAGCUGUUGCACAUGGCCUAAAUAAGGAAUUUGGUUCAAAAUUAAAGGAACAUAUGCAAUAUUGUGUGGAUCAUCCAGAAGAGAUUAGCAAGCUUGCAAAAGUGAAGGCCCAGGUUUCUGAAGUGAAGGGUGUUAUGAUGGACAACAUUGAGAAGGUUCUUGAUCGUGGUGAGAAGAUUGAACUUCUGGUUGACAAAACAGAGAACCUUCGUUUUCAGGCACAAGACUUUCAAAAACAGGGAACUCAAUUGCGCAGAAAAAUGUGGUUUCAGAACAUGAAAGUUAAACUGAUAGUGCUCGGUAUUCUGGUGGCCUUGAUUCUGAUCAUAAUUCUUUCUGUAUGUCAUGGCUUCAAUUGUGGAAAGUAAUUUUGGUCAAGGAAGUUCAUCUUGAACUGGAUGAACUGUUUUGGCAUGUCAUUUCAUAUCUUGUGAUCCUCUCGCUGUCGGCAUUGGGUGAGGUACUUUUGUAAUGUUCUACAGGGGGUUGUUAGUUAUUGUCACUAUUUUGAUAUUACUUUCUGACUGGUAUAACAAAGGGAAAAGUUCAAGAUUAUUACUACAGGGCAGAGAGCCUGUUAGGGUAUAUGUCUAGUGUAUUAUACAAGGACAUGUAUUUUUUUAUUGUUUUAACUAUUCAUUGACUUCGAUAAAGUUUGUGGUUUAUAAGUGAUUUCCAGAUGGUGAAUUGGGUUUUUGGAUUUUAA